AUCUAAACCCGAUAACGAACCAGCUGGUGGCAGUGCCGUCGUGCGACGUUUACGUGGAAGUACGGCCUUCGCGAAAAUUCGUUUUCUAUUGGUCCAUUAUCGAUGAUUUGUACUGAAAAAUUUAAAAAACGAUAGGGACAAUAUCGUAGAAUUGGAAACAGUGUUAAAACAGUGUUCACGAGUCUCGUUAUUGUAUCGGUGAUACGUCGAUUUUCGUUAGGAUUGCUGAACGAAACCAAGCCAAAGGAAGAGAGGAGCAGAGAAUAAGAAGGAAAAAAUAAAAACAGAAACAUGCCGUGACCGCACCUCAGGUGACAUCAAAAUGUAUCGUACAGUCGAAGGAAAAUCACUGUGCUUAUAGUGCGCGUAUAACUUUUAAUUGGACGACAAAUGUCGUAGGUAUUCUUAUCUGUGCUAAGUGUGCGUGUGUGAGUGAAAUCGUGUGUGCCUGUGGGUGCUGCUCUUCUCGCUUGUACCUGACCUGACCCAGGUGAGCACCUGGACCAACAACGAUGACUACGAGGGAGUUAUACGUGAAGGGUGGUAGAGUAUGGGUACCACAUCCGGAAAAAGUUUGGGAAGGCGCAGUUCUCUUGGAGGAUUAUAAAUUAAAUCAACCAAGUUUAAAAGUUCGUACGGACGAGUCGAAUCAAACGAAAAUCUUGGAAAUAAAAUCGGAUACCGAUUUGCCACCGUUAAGGAACCCCGAUAUACUCAUAGGGGAGAACAAUUUGACAUCGUUGUCGUUCCUUCACGAGCCAGCUGUCCUCUACAAUCUUCAGAUACGUUUCCAGCGACACUGUAUUUACACGUAUUGCGGUAUCGUUCUGGUCGCUUUCAACCCUUACAAUGAACUGCCGAUUUACGGGAACGACACGAUAUGGGCGUACAGGGGGCAGGCGAUGGGCGAUUUGGAGCCCCACAUAUUCGCCGUCGCAGAGGAAGCUUACACGAAGUUGGAAAGGGAAGGUCACGAUCAAUCCAUCAUCGUUUCUGGAGAAUCAGGGGCCGGGAAAACCGUGUCUGCGAAGUAUACGAUGCGAUAUUUCGCAACUGUCGGUGGUUCGACGACCGAAACUCAAGUUGAAAAGAAAGUUCUUGCCUCUUUGCCGAUCAUGGAAGCCAUUGGCAAUGCGAAGACGACGAGAAACGAUAAUUCCUCGAGAUUCGGCAAGUUCAUCGAGAUUCAAUUUAACAAGUAUUAUCACAUAACCGGGGCCAGUAUGAGAACUUAUCUGCUCGAAAAGUCAAGAGUCGUGUUUCAGACUCACGAGGAAAGGAAUUAUCAUAUAUUUUAUCAAAUGUGUGCGGCCGCUGCGCGGCUUCCACACUUGCACUUAGGCCAUCAGAAUAAAUUUCACUAUCUGAAUCAAGGAAAUAAUCCUUUCAUCGAUGGCGUGGACGAUUUGGUGUGUUUCGACGAGACUAUAACCGCCCUCACCAUGCUUGGAUUUUCGUCCAAACAACAGGACGACAUGCUUCGUAUUUUGGCGGCUAUAAUACAUUUAGGGAACGUAAAUAUAGGGAAUUCUGAUAACCAAACGUUGAACAACGAAAACGACACCGAGACCAGUUAUAUUCACCCUGCGGACAAACAUCUUUUAACGAUGUGCGAGCUAUUGGGCACCGAUGUGAACGCGAUGAGGAAAUGGCUGUGCCAUAGAAAAAUCGUGUCUAUGAGGGAAGUGUUUUUGAAACCGAUGAACGUGGAGCAAGCGAUCGGUGCCAGAGACGCAUUGGCCAAGCAUAUUUACGCGGAAUUGUUCAACUGGAUCGUAACUGGUAUCAAUAAUUCCCUCCAAUCGCAGAACAAACCCCAAUGUUUCAUCGGUGUUCUCGAUAUUUACGGUUUCGAGACGUUCGAGGUCAAUUCGUUCGAACAAUUUUGUAUAAAUUACGCGAACGAGAAGUUGCAACAACAGUUCAAUCAACACGUGUUCAAGUUGGAGCAGGAGGAAUAUUUUAGGGAGGAGAUCGAAUGGACUUUCAUAGACUUCUAUGACAAUCAACCCUGUAUCGAUCUUAUCGAAACGAAACUGGGCAUCCUUGAUUUGUUGGACGAAGAGUGCAGGAUGCCAAAAGGCUCGGAUAAUUCGUGGGCGGAGAAACUGUACUCCAAGUGUGGAAAGUCGAAACACUUUGAAAAACCACGAUUCGGCACUUCCUCUUUCUUGAUUCAUCAUUUUGCCGAUCGCGUGCAAUACGAAGCGACUGGUUUUUUAGAGAAAAACAGAGACACCGUUAUCGAGGAACAGGUCGACGUACUGCGAAACGGAGAUAAUAAGUUAUUGAAGAAAUUGUUCAGCGACGAGGAUCCGAAGCUUGUAGUGCCGAACGUGAGAGUAAAAGUAUCCGCUCAAAAACCGGUAUUAAGCACGCCUAAGCAAAAUAAAAAAACGGUGGGCUCGCAAUUCCGUGACUCGUUAAACAUGCUGAUGUCGACGUUGAACGCGACCACGCCGCAUUACGUGCGCUGCAUCAAGCCGAACGAUUCCAAGGAAGCUUUUGAAUACAAUCCAGUCCGCGCUGUACAACAAUUGCGAGCUUGCGGAGUUCUAGAGACGAUUAGAAUAUCCGCGGCUGGUUUCCCCAGUCAAAGAACGUAUAACGAAUUCUUUCUCAGAUAUAGAUGCCUGUGCAAAUUCAAGGAUAUACGACGAGACGAUCUCAAAGAGACAUCCCGUCGUAUAUUGGGGAGGUACAUCAAGGACGAUGAUAAAUUUAAAUUCGGUAAGACGAAGGUUCUUUUUCGCGCUGGCCAAGUGGCUUAUUUAGAAAAAUUACGGGCGGAACGACAGCGGGAUGCUUGUAUCAUGAUCCAGAAAACGGUACGCGGCCUGAUCUGUCGUAGCAGGUACAAGAAGAUUCGACGUGCUGUGCUUGGUCUUCAAAGGUAUGGAAGGGGUUAUAUCGCGAGGCAGAAAGCUCAAGCUGUGAGGGAAGAAAGGGCCGCGAUAAAAAUUCAAGCUCGCGUCAAAGGUUGGUUGAAGAGACGCCGAUACCUUCAGAUAAAGCGCACAAUUCUUGGUAUUCAAAUAUACGGGAGAGGAAAAAUAGCGCGACAAAAGUACGAACGGAUGAAGGACAAUGCAGCCGCAGUUGUGAUUCAAAGAUUCGCCAGAGGGUAUCUUGUAAGAAUGGCGUGCAAGAAGAAAUUGAGAAAUAUUAUUAUCGUCCAGUCUUAUGUGCGAAGGUAUUUGGCGAAAAAAGUGUUCAAGAGACUGAAGGCUGAAGCGAGAAGCGUGGAACACGUGAAAUCUCUCAAUAAGGGAUUGGAGAAGAAGAUCAUGACGUUACAGGAAAAGAUCACUGAACUUACGAAAGAGAAUCAUGUAUUGAAAAAUCUUCAAAACGAAAUGAUAGAUUUGAAACACAAACUCGAAGGAUUGAAAUCCGUAGAUGCGGAAAAUAAGAAAUUAAACGUUAUAUUGGUAGAGAAAGAAAAAGAAUUAGAAAAAAUAAAGAAUAUAGUAAAAGUUGAGAGAGAUGAAAAGAUGGAUAUAUUACAGGACAAAGAGAGAAAUGUCCAAGAAAAAGAACAGCAAAAUAUAGAUCUUCAAAAUGAGAUUGAAAAGUUACGAAAAGAAUUGUCGAUAGCUACUGAAAAGUUGAAGAACAAUCAACGUGGUGUUGAGGAAGAUUUGAAGCAUCGUUUAGAACAAGAAAAAGAUCUUCUCCUGCUGGAUCAGGAUCAGGAUCGUGGCGCUUAUCAAAAAUUAUUGAAGGAAUAUCACGAAUUGGAGCAACAUGCAGAAAUGUUAGAGCAGAAACUUGCUAUGCAUGUUCCUGCACAUUCUCGUUCUCUUAGUAAUGCUUCCAGCAGCAGUGGACAAAUUGUAUCUACGGAGCUUCCACAAGAUGAUCAAAACAUUGAUUUGGGUUACGGAUCAGUAAGAUCGACUGCUUCUUCUUCGGCUCCUUAUUCACGAUUGGAAACGAUCGAUUGGAAUCAACAAAGAUCAGACAGUCCUCCCGAUGGAGAAGUUCAAACGAAUAAAUCACCCUCCGAAACAAAUGGACCGACACAUGCACCAGUAGAUAUUGGACUAGUCUUAAAAUUGCAACAAAAAUUGAAGGACGUUGAAAAAGAGAAAGGAAGAUUAAUCAGGAUGGUGGAAGAUUUAGAACGUGAUAGUCCUGAAGAAACUUCGAGGAUGCAAGAUACAUUUAGGCUUCAAGAAUUGGAAAUGGAAAAUGCUCAAUUAAAGAAAGAUUUAGGUUCGUUGAGAAGAAGUAUGACUUCAGCAGGCGUAACAGGAGCACAGCAGAAUCUUAUGGGACAAUUCGAUGCACUUCAAGAAGAGCUUGAAAGAAGGCGGGAAGAAUGCAUUCAAUUGCGUAGCGUACUGGCGGAUAAUACACGAAGAAUGAAGAGCUUAGGUUCAAAUUAUGGUCGUGACGUGGACAUAAUAAAUGAAGAUGGAGAAUUAGUACUCGCCUUUGAAGCGCAGAAAAAAAUUAAUAGGCAAUUAGAAGAUGAACUUCAAAUGAAAGAGAAAGGAUGGAGAUUACAGAGAGAUGAAUGGCGAGCAGAAAUUGAUAGAUUGCAAGAAGAAAUCGAGAAACAACAGAAAUUACUUUCUGUAAAUUUGAGUAAAUCGCCACAGACUCAGACUGAGGCAUACAUGCAACACGAAAUUGCCAGGCUGACAUCUGAAAACUUGGGAUUACAAGAAAAAUAUGAUAAAAUGGCCGAAGAAUGUAGAAAGUUUAAGAGACGAUGCAAAAUACUUACAAAACGUUUGAAAGAUGCAGGCUAUGAGGGAGAUGAUGCUAAGGAACAUAAAGAUCGCUCUUGUAUAUUAAGGGGCUCUGUACCAGAUACUACAGAAUCUGUAAAUGAUUCCACAAUAAUAUCUACUGGCAAUGGAACAGCAGAUAAUGGAAGUAAUUUGCCAGUUAUUCGAAAGAAAGAGAGAGAUUAUGAGGGAAUGUUCGAGUUCAGAAGAGAAGAUAUUAACGUAAUAAUACGUCAUCUUGUUAUCGAUUUGAAACCUAGAGUUGCGGUGACGUUACUUCCUGGUUUGCCAGCCUAUAUUCUUUUCAUGUGUAUAAGACAUACAGACUGUAUAAACGAUGAUGAAAAAGUGAGAUUGCUGUUAACAGGCUAUCUCAAUGCCGUAAAACGUGUAGUUAAGAAACGUGAAGACUUUGAUUCCAGUGUGCUCUGGUUCAGUAAUACUUUAAGAUUGUUACAUAGUAUGAAACAAUAUUCCGGAGACAAACCUUUCCAAAUUGAGAAUACUCCAAGACAGAAUGAACAGUGUCUUAGAAAUUUCGAUCUAAGCGAAUACAGGGUUGUGUUAAGCAAUGUAGCGCUCUGGAUUUUUAAUAAUAUUAUAACGAAUCUUAAAGAAAGAAUUCAGGCUUUAACUGUGCCCGCUCUUCUCGAACACGAAGCCAUAUCUGGCUUGAAUUCUAAUAAACUUGGUAGACCCAGGUCAUCUUCUAUGGGAGAAGAGCCAGAAUCAACCCAACAAAAGCUUAACAAACUUCUUGAUGAACUUACUUCAGUGUAUAAAACUCUUCAAUAUCAUGGUGUUGAUUCUGAGAUCGUUGUACAACUUUUCAAACAAUUGUUUUAUUUCAUGUGUGCUAGUGCUCUAAAUAAUUUGCUUCUGAGGAAUGAACUUUGUCACUGGACAAAGGGCAUGCAAAUAAGAUAUAAUUUAAGUCAUUUGGAGCAAUGGGCAAGAGAUCGAAGAUUAGAACCAGCAUCUGAAGCGCUUCAGCCUAUUGUACAAGCAGCACAGCUUUUACAAGCUCGUAAAACAGAUGAUGACGUAAAUUCCGUAUGUGAAAUGUGCAACAAAUUAACUGCGAACCAAAUAGUAAAAAUUUUAAAUUUGUAUACACCCGCUGAUGAUUUUGAAACGCGUGUGCCAGUUUCGUUCAUUAAAAAAGUACAGGCUAAAUUGAGUGAACGUGGUGAGAACAACGAACAACUGCUAAUGGAUCUUAUGUAUUCGUAUCCAGUAAGAUUUCCAUUCAAUCCAUCAGAUAUUCGAUUAGAAGAUAUUGAAAUACCGGAAGUACUUCAUUUACCCAUGCUCAAAAAAGUUUAAUAGAAAAUAGAAAUGGAAAAAAUUAGAGAGACCCUAUUGUGCAUAUAACUUUUAGUUGAGUAACAACCUAAUAAAUAAUAUAGCCUAUUUAUUAAAAAAAAAAAAAAAAAAAAAAAAAAAAAAAAAAAAAAAAAAGGAAGAAAAAAAGAAACAGAUAAGGGCUUACAUUACUUUUGUCAAAUUAGAUAACGCAUCGAGAAGGGUCAUCGAUACAUUUUAUAUAUUUUUUUUUACUCAUGUAAUUUGUAUUUUAUGAAACAUCAUUCCUAUUCUUCCUUAUAAAAAUAUUAAAUUAAAAAUUUCGUUGUGACAAUUUUCGUUAAUAUUAUAUAAAGAUUGUACGUCAAGAUUUAAAAACGGUGUUGAUAUAAGGCUCUGCUGGAGCUUGCAAUUUAUAUAACAUCUGAAUUGGAUAAAAAUAUUAGACGUACGAUAAACAAGAAUAGUGAGAUAUACGAAUGCAAAUAUAAACGAUGAAACGAAGUGCCGAAUUCUGUAUUAUAAAGUACAGAAACGUUGUUAUCAAGAUUAAAGAUGUUUAAGAAAUGUGUUGUUUUUCGGUAUUGUUAGUCUAUCAAAAGUUAUUAUGGUAAAAUAUUGCAACUCCAAGCAUGAACUUUAUGUAUGUAAGAAAAGAAAUUUAUGGAAGAUGUAAAAGUUAUUAUGUAAAAAAAGAAAGGCAAGAUAUAAAGUUAUGUUGGGAUAGAUUGUAUAUUUUGUGAUACGAGGAAAUCUGCCUAGGAAGUCUAUUUCCAUAGACUAGAGGCAAUAUAGAAGAAGGAGAAAAGAUAGAGGUAUAUAAUAUUGUUAUAAUAUAAUUUAUAAAUGUGCAAACAAUUGUAUUUUGUGCCAUUUUAUUAGUAGAACGUAACUAAAUUCUGUUUCUUACGUUAAUCGAUCUGUAUUUACGUUUCACAAAUAUAUUCUAUGGAAUAAUUUCUAACGAAAUUCCUAUAACCCGAAUUGUACAGAAAAAAACAUCUGUCUACACAAUUAUACCUUGACUCGAUGUGACAAAUUUAUUUGUUCCUACAAUGAAAAUAAAAACGAACGUUGAUGAAAAACA